UUAGUGAGAAACCCGUUUAUUUCUUCAACCUUACUGAGAACCGGUAGAACUGAAGGGGGAGGAACCGGUGGACGCACGUGAAAGCCAGACUCACCGGUCAUUUUUACUCACUCUCGCCUAAAAGGAGAAAUAGCAGGGAAAUCAGUCAGCUGUCGAAAAUUGGACUUUUCACUAUCUGCAACCGUCGCUGUGUUCCAUCCGCAUACCCCAUCUUUCUCAAAAUCAGUCUGUCUGUUGGUUUGUGUGUCUCCCUCGCCCACUUACCGCCGCGGUAAUUUCCGCACCUGUAUCGGUAUUGAGGGGUCUGGAAUUGUGGCGUUUUCGCCGGGAAACAACUGACUUGAGAUGGAUUAACGGUUCAGCGCCAAACUGGAGCAACACACACGACCGCGCCGGGGGGGAAGGGGGCGAAGGGACUCGGUGAAUUCACGCACCCCGCGGGACAGAGCCUGUGAUUGGCCUCAGCCUAAGAUGAUGUCACCCAAACACAAGGCAAAGAAGAAACCACCCAAAGACAGCAUGACGCUGCUACCCUGCUUCUACUUUGUAGAGCUCCCCAUAGUUUUGUCAUCUCUAGUGUCGCUGUAUUUCCUGGAGCUGACGGACGUGUUGUCCCCGGCAAUGGUGGGGUUCCGUUGCCAUGACCGCGACCUCUCCAUGCCCUACGUGGAGACGGGAGAUGAGCUGAUUCCUCUACUGAUGCUGCUGAGCCUGGCCUUCGCUGGGCCCGCCGCCUCGAUCAUGAUAGGGGAGGGGCUGAUGUACUGCAUGCAGUCCAGACUGAAGCUCCGCCCCAAAACAGAGAGCAGCAUCAACGCGGGCGGCUGCAACUUCAACUCUUUCCUGCGACGAACCGUUCGCUUUGUGGGUGUUCAUGUGUUCGGUCUCCUGGCAACGGCCCUGGUGACAGAUGUGAUCCAGUUGGCUACUGGUUACCACGCCCCUUUCUUCCUCACCGUCUGCCAGCCCAAUUACACGGCACCGGGAGUGUCAUGUGACCAGAACACUUACAUCACCCAGGACAUCUGCUCUGGGAAGGACCAGUACGCCAUCAUGUCCGCCAGGAAAACGUUCCCAUCCCAGCAUGCAACACUCUCUGGCUUCGCUGCUGUGUAUAUUUCCAUGUACUUCAACGCCAGUAUCAGUGGCAGCACUAAGCUGUUGAAGCCGUUGCUGGUGUUUGGCUUCUGUAUGGCCGCUGCACUGUCGGGCCUCACCCAGAUCACCCAGCACCGCAGUCACCCUAUAGACGUAUACGUGGGCUACGUCAUAGGAGCAGGCAUCGGAGUCUAUCUGGCUCUGUACGCGGUGGGGAACUUCAAGGCGUCGGAGGAGGACUGCCCCUCCCAGCCGUCGCGGGCGUCGUCCGGCCAGCAGAAGGACCCCCUGCGCCUGCUGACCCAGCGCAGCCACGACUCCCUCUACAGGAAGAACGGCCGCUCGUCCGAGAGCCGCGAGGAGCUGGGCGCGGCGCUGGGCGGCUCGGGGGGCCGCAGCAAGGCGCGGCGUGAGAAGGCCUCCCUGGCGUCCCUGAAGCGUGCGAGCGCCGACGUGGAGCUGCUGGCGCCCCGCGGGCCCAUGGGGAAGGAGACCAUGGUGACGUUCAGCAACACCCUGCCCCGGGUGGCCAACGGCAACAGCCCUGCCUCCCCCUCGGAGGAGCCGGCCACCCAGCGUCACAUGACCUUCCACGUGCCGUUCGACCCCCAGAGGUCACGGCAGCUGGUGUCGGAGUGGAAGCAGCGCUCGCUGGAGCUCCGCAGCCAGAGCCUGAGGGACCAGGACGACGAGGAUGAGGGGGGGUUGGAGGGGGGGGGGGCCCGGGGAGGGGAGCCAGGAGGGGCGGGGGGCGGGGUGGAGGGGGAGCAGGGCAUGCCCUCGUCCCUCUACCCCACCGUCCAAGCCAGCAGGGGCCAGGCGGUUGCCACGCCGACGGUGGGCGGGACCCGGGUGGUGGUGGCCCCUCCCCUCGUCCACAUCCCCGAAGAGGCUUCCCGUCCCCCGCCGGUCUCUCCGAAGAGCGCUAAGACCAGAGCCAAGUGGUUGUCGCUCACCGAGGGGGGAGGGCCCCGGGAGGGAGGGCCCAGAGAGGGGCCUAUCGCCGUGACCACCCCACGGGUGCCGACCACCCUCCCGAGUCAGCUGCCCAAUCAGCCUCGAGUGAUGCAGGUGAUCGCCAUGUCCAAGCAGUCCGGCCAUGGACCAAUCACGUCCUCGGCCAAGACCUCGGAGACCGCCUCUUCCUGUGGGGGCGGGUCCUCUAACGGGUCAGAAUCUCCGUAUUACCGGAUCCCCUCCGACCGGGACAGCUGCAGUGGCAGCAACCCCGGCAGCAUUACCGGCAGCGUUACCGGGAGCGGCAGCAUUGUCACCAUUGACGCCCAUGCCCCGCACCACCCGGUGGUGCGCGUGUCGGCCAGUAACGGUAAGCCCUGGGAGUGGAGGAACACGGUGAGCGGGAGCAUGAUGAGCGGCGACUCCCAGGACCACCAGAGGGGGGCACUGCAGCGGCAGGACAACAUCAGCCGAGAAUACCGGGAGUACCGGACCCUGUCAUCCAUCAAGACCGACUCCCUCUGCUCCUCCUCCUCGCCCAGCGAGGGCGACCACGCCCAGCUCCCCCCGCCGCCUCACCCGUCCUCCCCAUUGCCCCCCUCUCUCCACCACAUCUCCUCCUCCCCCCUCCCUCCCCCGCCCCACCCGUCCCCCCUCCCUCCCCCGCCGCACCCCUCCUCCUCCCCGCUGCCCCCUCCGCCGCACCCCAACUCCUCCCACCUCCCUCCGCCGCCCCACCCAGACCUCCUGUUGGACAGCCACUCCCACGCCCUCUCCCGCGCCUCCACCCUGCCCCGCCGGCCCCCUGCCUCCGUCCACAGUCACGCAGAGCAGGAACACUACUACAAGACCAUGCAAAGCGAGCGGCGGUUGUAACCACGACGAUGACCAACAACACAUCAGCCUCAUAAACCGCCCGAUAAGACAAAACCAGACAGAAACACGGACAGAGAUACCCAGCAGGCAGUGCAAAACCAGUUGAAUGAUAAGAGUUUCCAACAGUGGGGAUGCUAAAUGGUCGACAGUCGGGCAGCCAUUUUUUUUUUUAUGUAUAGUGUUGGGGGAGGGAGUUGUACAUUGCCAUGAGAGGUGAAGAUGCAAGUGCACAAGUUGCCACCAGGGGG